AUGGUUAGCCUCAUGUUUUGGGCUAAAGCUAUCUGUAAUGUCAAGGCGUGCCCGCCGCAACCUACUAUCCCUACAAUAUCGCCUCCUCCUGCUACAAGACAGUCUACUGCUUCAACAGGGCCUUCUAGCCCUUCUUCUCCUAGCGCAAGAAAACGUGAAGUUGAAAGUGUUGAAGUGAUGGUGGUCAGCAAUCAGAAGUACGAUCCAUCUAUGAAUGACUCACAUAUGAAAGUCUUUAAGAGCCUGGUGGAUGACUACGUAAAAAGCAAAGGAGUGACUUAUAAUAAGGAUCUGGUGCACGAUAGGGCUAUUAAUGUGAAUGACUAUGUAAAAAGCAAAGGAGUGACUUACAAUAAGGAUCUGGUGCACGAUAAAGCUAUUAAUGUUGGCGGCAAAUUUGCAGUUCUCUACACUCUACUGGGUUAUGACUGCAAUAGGGUAAAUAACUUCGUUCACGGUGCUAAAGGCGAAGCAAACUUUGUUACAGAUAUUAGAGUUAAAUGCCAAGGAAAACCGGAGUUUGUUGUGGUCUGA